AUGUUUUGUGAAAAGAAACUAAAAUCAUGUCGUGAUUACAAGGAUGGGACGCGUGUCCCUGGAAACUACACGGUUGUUGAUAAAAAUGGCAAUCCUUAUCAGGUGUUCUGUGAUUUUAACAAGAAUUAUGGUGCAAAUACUUGGACCCUCAUUCAAUCAUACAGCUUGGAAAACAAGAACGGAUUUGCAAGUCCAUUUACCAUGGAUAAUCCAAGGAAUGAAGACAAUUUUACGUGGAUCGAUUAUCGACUCUCCGUCGAACGAAUGACGUAUAUUCAUGAACAAUCAGUGAAAUGGAGAAUUACUUGCAACUAUGGAACUGAAGGGUCAUUAUACAAUGACUACGUCCGUGCUUUAAUUGCAGAUGUACCUCUUUUCACAUUAUUCACAAACCAAGGUAAAUGUGUUCCGGUACAACGUAUUUCAAUUCGUGGCAAAACAUGUAUAAACUGCAAAGCUUAUAUGGUUCAAUCAUAUGAACUCCCCUUACAUUUUCGUGCGAAGCAAUCAAACCAAUGCAACUUUAAAGUUCCUCAAACACAGUCAUGUCCCCCGGAAUCAGAAGACAACUUUGGAAAUUAUAACUGCAUAAAUCCAAAACAUAAGUGUUCGUCUUCUUCAUCGGCAACAACACAAACGUGGUUGGGUGGAUAUUAA